AACUAGCCAACCAGCCAGCCAACGCGAACAAAUGAUUUUCCAAUGGUUUUUUGGCUAAAUUUUGUGAAAAUUUCUUUAUGCGAAUUCAGUGCGACUUGGGCUACUUAACUGAACGCGUUGUUUGACUUUUGAGAAAAAUUAAAUUGAAAAAUUAAAAAAACAAAAAAAAAAUCACACAUAUAUACCUUCCAAUGCAAAACUAACUCAAAAGAGAAAAGAACCAAAACGAAAAAUAGAUAUAUAUAUAAGCAAGCAAGCAAGCAACCAACAUCAUCGCCAUCCUACAUAUAUAUAUCUAUUAUAAAAUCUAUCUAUCUGUCUAUCUAUAUCUGUAUCUAUUCGAGCAACACACGGCAUAAAUGUGGAGAAUAUCGCCGCGUUCAAAAGUGAAAUAAGAAAAUGUUAUUUUGACAAAUUUUAAUUUUUUUGUAAAUGCAAGAAUUAGAAAAAACAUUCACCAUCCCUUGCCAUAACAGCAAUUUCUAAUUCUAAUGCCUUAUAAUUUGUAACAUCAUUAAUUUUUUUCGUUUAACACAACCUUAUUUCGUUUGACGUAAACAACAAGUUCUACUCUACGCCUUUUCUAACUAUAACAUCAAUCAACAACGGUUGAGCGUUUUAACUGUAAACCCCAGAUAACGUUUUUUUCCUGAUUCCAUCCAUCUGUGGAAAAAGACGUCCUAAGUUUUGAAGUCGUCGCAACCACACACUUCAAACCUGAGCGUGAUCGUUUUUCGUUAACUCUUAAACGUAAUUACACGAAAAGCAAUAUUUCAACGUUCAGCAAAGCCAACACACACAAACUUGAGCAAAAUGAAUUCUGGGUAUGGAUCUGGUCAACGCAUGCCCCCACAAUCGACCUACGAAGCACCCGCUUGCGUUCAAAAUGCCAUGAACCGGGAUAAGAAACCCUUCACCUACACACCCGGUGGCAUUGAUCUCUCACAAAUCAAAUCAGAACGCAUGGCCAAACGUCUUGCACGCAAUGCAUGCGCCGAGGGAGCCGCUGGCAAAUCACAACAAAAUCGUCCAGUUGUAACACCCAUAUCGCCUGGUAGCCCUGGCUGCGCAGCCGCCACCAUUGGGGCAGCAGCCAUGGGCAUGCCGUUUCAAGUAUUGCCACCCAGUCCACAUCUCAAUAUGGCUGCCGGUAAGAAUAUAAAUGGUGGCUGUGCCCCGGCACCUCCCCCACCACCACCAUCCUCUUCCAAUUUCUUAAACACAGGCUCCCAAAUGAAUGGUAAUAAUGGUAUGAACGGCGUCCGAGGUAGUUCUCCAAAUUCACCGAAUAUGCAGCAGCAGCGCAAAAUACCACCAGCACCGCCAUCACAACGUUUCGAGCCACCACCACUGGGUUUCCGUCCAGAAAUAAAAAUUCCUCCAAAUCCAAUGGCUGGUUUGCGUAAAGUACCGCCACCGGUUGAGAAGAAUACCUUCUGGAAGGAUGAAUACAAAAAGAACAAAGUAGCAGAUGAGGCACCAUCCCACAGAGUAGAAGCCACCAACAUGCCAAUGAACAACAACCACAAUGUCAACGGCAGCAGUUUCUAUGCAGUAGAUAACGACAGCGUUAGCGGUUCUAGUAGCACCACACCACAAACGAAUGCCAGCAAUGGUACUGACCAACUAACAACAAAUGGUGAAACGAAUUUUAAAACAGAUAACAGCGAUUAUAUUGAUGGUUUUAAGAAAACGAUGCCCACCACGACUACGAAUAAAAUGCAAGCAAAUCAAACGAACAAUCUAACGAAUACUCAAGAGCCAGAAGCUAUAAAAACGCCACCAACUUCAACAUCAUCACCCCCAAGCCAAGAAUCACCACAGAAAUCACCCCAAGCAACAAGCCCAGAUACACAGUCCAUUGCAUCCAUUAACAGACCCACACCAUCCACAUCACCACAACAGCAAGCGAUAAUUAAAGCCAAUACAUCAUCACCAUCUCCACAACCAUCGACAGCCCAGCAACAGGUCGAAAGAGAGUCAGCAACUCCACCAGCUGCAGUUGCUGGCCCACCCAAACCUGCAUCAUCGCCUCCCCAAGCCGCCAUUCAUCUGCAGACAGAAGCCCAACAGCAAUCGCCCAAACCCGAAUUUCGUAGUGUGGCAGCAGCAUCCCCACAACCAGCCGCUGUCAAUGUUUUCAACAGACAAACAGAUAGUCCGCGUUCUGUGGACAAUGCAACACCGCCCCGUGUCACGGACAGUCCAUUUAGGCUGGCCCAACAACAGCAACAAAGGCCACCAGUGGCCAUUUCACCAUUGGCUGCACAACAGCAAAUGGCUCCCAUGGCUGGGGCCACAAUUUCACCAAAUAACCAGGCCCAGACAGUACCAUGGCGCACUCAACGUAGUCAAACUCCGCAACAACAAGCCCCGCCAUCGGCUCAGUCGCACCCCCAACCUUUCUAUGGCAGUAUGCCACAACAACAACAACAGCAGCAGCAGCAAAGAACACCCGACUUUUCUACCCAAACGUCGGCCUAUCAAGGGCCCAAACCGACGAAUGUGGGUUCUCUGUAUAUUGCUCCAUUGGCUGCCCCCCCGGAACCACAGGCUCAGCAUAUUGUUAUGCAACAAAUGCAACAACAGCAGCCCCAGCGUGAUUCACCCAUGCGUCAAAUGGGCUCGCAGCCUACCAAUCAACAAUUGCGCUGGAUGAGUUCUCAGCCCAAGCAAACCGAACAACCAGCUUGGGCUCGUCCCGAAGAAAAUGGCAAUGUGGUGCCUUCAUCAUUGAAUCGCUUGAAAUCUCCACCACCACAACAACAACAGACCACUUUCCCCGGCCAAGGCUAUCAACAAAUGUAUCAGCCACAACCACAGCCCUUCCAAGCACCAGGCAAUGGUUUUAUGACCAAUCCAUCAAUGCCUCAAAAUUUCGGAGCUCUACAUAAUGCUCCAGCAGGUUUACGUUUACAAAUCAAUACCAAUUUGGUGCAAAACACCAACAACACUAUUAACCAAAGUGGUCCAAGGGAACAUAUUAUCCCCAUUCAAUUGGAGCAAACUCCGACAUACGCUCCAGCUCAGCCCACUUUUAACGCACCAUCAUCAUUUAGUGCAGGCACUGCAUCUCCUGGCUAUGUAAUGCGUACUCCCAAUCAAUUUGUGGAUCAGGGCUAUAAUAACUAUGGUACUCAUCAAUCAACACCACAGCGUGUUAUGUCACCACCACAACAACAGCAACAAUUGAAUGCUCCGCGCAUGGUGCAACAACAACAGCAGCAGAGCAGUAUUGGCAAUAACAGAACUCACAUUGUACCCAUUGCUGUGGAGAACAAUGAGGGCAUACGAGGACCCAUCUCUAAAACACCCAUCGUUAUACAAAAUGGGAACUAUAAUCUAGUAGUACAUGACUGUCCACUUGAGGCGGAGAUCAGAUUUAGAAAAUAUCGACUCAGCGAUCUGCGUACACCACCCGUACAAUCGAAAUCUUUUAGAAUUUUGCAAAAAAUCACAGAUACUAUCGAUGAUGGCAAUAACGAUGAUUCAGGAAUGAUUCAGCAACGUAAUGACAAUUACAUGGAUGCCGAACCUCAAUUGCAGCGUCCAACAUUUGCUCGACAAAUGAGCGCCCAGCUGGCAAGAAAUAGUCCCACUGUCGAGCAAAUGAGACGCAUGAAAAUUGGACAAGAACAAGGUAACUCAACGCCGCAAACGCCUUCACAAUUUAAUCAACAACCGCGCCCAUUUUACAAUAGCAAUAAUGAAUAUGUACCACCCAGCGAACAGCAAGUUCCUGAACCAAAAAAAUACACCGGUAGCGCUAUACCAAGUCGAUCAUUUAAAAUUUUGCAGGCCAUGACACAGCCAGAAAAUGCUGGUGAACAAGAUAAUGUACAGGAAUAUAACGAUGAUGCGAACGAUGAAACAAAGUCCGAAGGCCAUAAUGACUCAUGCACCUCAUCUUCGGUAGAGCCCACAAGUUCUGCCUCCUCCAUGUCCUCGUUGAGCUCCACAGAUUCUGUGCGAUCAGGGCCCUCAAGGCCAUCACCACAGCCCAUGGCAUUUCCUCCCUACCCCUAUCCAUAUGCGUAUCCUUGGUAUCCACCACCGCCCCAUGCACCAUGUGCUUUGCCUUCUUCGAGUAGUGGUGAUAGUGUCACUAAUCCCACUACUUGGCCUUAUCCCUAUGCAGUGCCAGCUUCACCGGUCAAUGGUGAAACUGGUAAUGCGGCUGCCAGCUGGCCUUAUGCGCCUCCAUAUGGCAUGCCACCGCCUCCCAAUACUGCAAAUGGGGAAAAUGGCCAGCAGCCUACACCAUUCCCUCCCUAUCCUUAUUACUACCCUUAUUAUCCCAUACCACCAUUCCCAACUCAUUCUCAGUCCUCGGAAUUCGAUCCCCAAAAUGUUUAUGCUCCUUAUUUACCACCACCACCUCCCUAUCAUGUUUAUCCCUAUCCUGUGGCGCCUAGCUACAGUCAAACCUCCUCCUCGAGUAGGGCCAGUAGUGUUCUACCCGAUAUCAUUAUAACACCCAGUACAGAUGAUGUCCCCUCACAGGUUGUGCUUAAGCAUCACAUUAAGGUUGACAAAGAUAAACUAGCCAAACGUAGUAAAUCUGUAGACAUUGAAGAUGUUUCCAGCAUAAAAUCCAAUUCUUCUCUAACGGAAGGUUCAGUAGUGGACAUUUUAAGCCAACAUUUACAGAAUAUGGCCAAAAGGGCGGAGAAUAAUUCCAGUUCCUCGCAAUCCACCAAAAGUUCAGAAAAAACUGUGGCAGAAAAACCCAAGACGGUGCACAUUGCUGCAGUCAAGCAUGCAGUGGAGCACGAUUCAGAUUCGGAAUCAUCAGUUGAUUCAGAUGCUACCACUAAGCAAUACGAUAAUCAAACUGCAAAAGAAGGCUCUGUGCCUUUACAAUCCAUAAAAUCGGUGACAAAUGUACAAAUAUACAAUGCCCUAAAGCAACAGCCAGAGGAUGAAGAAGAUGAAUCGGAAGAAGAGGAAGUGGAAGAGGAAGAUGAUGAUACCACUGCGGAUGGAGAAAGUGAUGUAUUCGAUGAGGAAGCCGAAGAAGAAGAGGAAUUCGUCUAUGAACAUCACGAAGAGCACGAUUCCGGCUCUGAGGACUACAUAGUGGAUGAUGGCCUAAGUGUCAUCUAUGAGGAAGAGAGCGAUUUCGACAAGUCCAGCGAGAACAAUAAACCUCUAAGAAAUGCUCAGGCUUUGGAAGAUUUAAACAAAUGUAUUGAGGAAGAUGAUGAUCAUGAUGAUGACGAGAACGAGAACGAUGACGGUUCUGAUGCUGAGCAGGAAGAUGAGGACAAUUGCGAUACCAAUUCUGUCACCGUACGCUUGCCAUUGAAAUUCUCCUUCACCAAAUCUGCCAACUCAGAGCCUGUGGCUGCCACUGUUGAGGUGGGUAAAUCCCUGGUUGAGGAACGCAGAAAGAGUAUCCCCCAACCAAAUUGCUUCAAAAUUGCCACCAUAGAGUCGGAUUCUGAGGCUGAUGAUUCCGAUUCUUGUGGUGUAAGUGUUACCAUAUCCUUGUCUCAAUCCUCUAGAUCAGGUUCUGUGGACAGCAAAGAGUCUGAGCGCAAAACCACAGCCGAAAAAUAUCCUCUGGAAGAUAUGCCAGUACCUGAAAACUUAGAAGCCAAGCUAAACGCCAGUCAGGAAGAUGUCUCCUUCUCGUUUUCGCUGAACAAACGUAACAAGUUUGUGGGACAAACUUUAAAAGGAGACUUGACCAAUAAUAUAACCCAAGUGGAAGAGGAGUCACCCAAAGAAGCUGAGAGAACUCCAGAACGCAAGCAGUCAGCGGAAGAGUUGGAUUUCUUUGCCACUCUAAUGGCCACCAAAAUGCAGGCUCAAAAAAUCAAAGAACAAUCAGCCAGCUAUUGGGGCAAGGGCAAAGAGCAAAAGCAAGAACCUGCCGAAGUUCAGGCUGAAGACAAGGAAACUCAAAAGAAAAUCGAUGAAGAGGAGCUUAAGGCUCGCACCAGUUUUUGGGCCAAAUACUCCGCAAUUAAGCCAGCAGAAGUGAAGGCGGACAAGUCUGAAGAAACCUGCUCGUCAUAUGACAAAAGCGAUUCUUCCAACGCCAAUGAAACUCAAAGUUCUUGGGAUAACAACUCUUCGAACAAUGAUUCCCAAAUAACCAAUGACGGUGAAGGAGAUGCCGCUGAUGACGAUGAGAUUGAAGAUAUCUGGGCCGAUCGUGAAGAAAUUCCCGUCAUACGCAAAGAAACACAAACCAACUAUUGGGAUACUUUUGCUAAAUCCAACACAGACUACCAAGCCGUUGACAACCAGUUAAAGGAUAACAACGAGUGUCUGGAAUCUGAUGAAAUUGAGGAUAUUUGGGCCGAUCAAAAUGAUGAUGACUAUAUACCGGUUAGAAAACCCCAAACCACUUGUGUAGAACUUGAAUCUCCAGUGGAGGUGCAAUUGCAUGAGGAAGAAGUUGUCGAUAUAUGGGCAGAACGUGAUGAAUGUGAUGAUAUGCCUGCUGUCAAAGUUCGUAGCAAGAAACUUGACUCUUUGGAGACUGCCAGAGAUUCAUUUUGGUCCACCGUGGCCCAAGCCAAUAAAUGCACUGGAGAUACUCAAAAUGAUGACGAUACGGAGUUUUGGUCAGAACAAAAAAUGUCAGAGGCUCAGAUGAAACAAGAAAUUAUAACCGAAAUUUGCUAUAGUCCGACUGUGCUAAGGCAUCGCAUUGAGGAACUGAGUAAAUCUUUGAAACCAACUGUGCAUGUGGUGGAAGAAGAAAAGGAGGAGGAAAAAGAGCUCGAACCCGAGCUCAAAACCGAAGACGAGGAAGUCGAAGUCACUGAAGACGAGGAAGAAGUCGAUUUCUGGGCUAAAAUUGAUGAGUCCCGAGAGGCAAAGGCCUCCGAAGCUUCCUCCGCUGUUGUGGAACCCUCCACUCCCGAGUUUGAUCCUCUUAAAUAUCCUGAGGAGCCUCGCGAAGUUGACACUGAUGAGGAAAUUGAUUUCUGGGCUGAAAUCGAUGCCAAUCGCCUGCCUGACGACACAGACAUCACUUUCCACAGGGCAGCUUCAUUUUGGGCUUCACGUGAUCUUAGAAAUUCCAUUGAUGAGACACCUUACAAGCCGGUACAAACCAAAGCUUUUCCAGCUAAAUUGCCUGACGAUCCCAUUGCUGAUGAGACGGGUCUAUGGGCUACCUUAGAAGCCCAUAAGGGCGAAGAAGCGGUGCUAGUAGAUCCCUUGGUCGAAGAAGAAAAGGAAUUGGCCCAAGAAUUUGAUGAAAUGUCGCAACAGUCAGAUUUGUAUGAGGAGGAAUAUGUAGCCCCAGCCCCUGAAGAACCCGUGGCCCAAGCUGAAGUUUGUUCGACCCAAACUGAAGUUUGGCAAACAACUUCUCCAGCAGCCCAAACUGAAGUUUGGCAAACAACUCCUCCAGCAGCCCAAACUGAAGUUUGGCAAUCAACUCUUCCAGCCGCCCAAACUGAAGUUUGGCAUUCAAUUCCUUCGACCCAAACUGAGUUUUGGCAAGCAACUCCUCCAGCAGUUCAAACUGAAAUUUUGCAAACAACUCCUACAGCGGCCCAAACUGAAAUUUGGCAACCUACUCCAGCCGUAAUGGGAAAAUAUGAAGCUUGGAGAGCCACACCUACUAUGGAAAUGGCUGAUGUAUGGAGUGCCCCCACUACAACACUAAACCAAAAUACAGUAGAGCAAUCCACACAGCCAGAGUUCAAUACCGAAGCUGAAGUUAACCCUAAUUCAGCCAUAGAAAAGGAGCUUAACGCCCCUGAAAAGGAUGAAUUGGAAGUUAAACGCAACAACUAUAGAAAAGCCAUGGCAUUCUUUACCACCUCCAUAGAUGAACAUAAGGAAGAAAGCCCAGCAUUGUCAGAGAAAAAGGCCAUACAAGAGGUCAACAACAAUUGUCAUUCGUUUGCGGCAGAGGAACAACAAAAAUGGUCACCCUUAGAGCAAGAGCAGCAGCAACAAAUCAAUGUGCCACCAAUUACAGAGGAAUUCAAGAAGCCUCCCAAGAAGGAAAACAAACCAAAAGGCAAAAGUAAAUCCCCCAAGGGCAAAUCUAAGGAAAUUAAAUGCAACACUCCUAGUACUGAAACGCCAGAGGUGUAUGUGGAACCUUCUUUAGAAAUGAAACGCCUACCCAAUGGCUUGCCCGAUUUGGGAGUCAAUAAAUUCAAUGAGGAACGCAAAAUCUCAGUGCGUGAUCGUAUAUCGGUCUUUGAAAGUGGAGCCACCGAAAUACCAGAAGCAAAUGGCAACACCCAGCAGUCCCUUUCGGUAGACGGUGCUGCCACCAGACGCAGUUCUUUGUCUCGCCAUAGCUCCAGUCAACGUUCCGAAUCUGAGGUGGAAGAAGAUGACUCCGGAGUAACCGAUAUGAACAAGCUCUCGGAAACCGAAACCGAAUCUGGCAGCUUCCCAGAACUAAGAAAAAUGUCUUCUUAUCAAAGAGCUGCCACUCACUCACGCCUCUUCAAGCUGCUUCAGGAUGACACCGAAGGUCUGGAAGACAGCAAUGGUGAUAAGCCCGUAGAUGAGUUUCAAUUGAGACCCAGCCGUCGUAAGGUGGUGCACAAUGUUAGUAUUACACGCAAACAAAACCCCCAGGCCUUGGCCGAGGUGGAAACUAUGUCACAGAGAAGAGAACGUCUCUCAUUGCCUUUGCGCAAGAACACCAGUAUUGAUGCGGACAAUCCCUCCACCCCCAAUAGUCCAGCCUCGCCCAUUAUGGAUCAUUCGGCCAACCAAUGUGUUGUAAGCGACAAAUUGGUUAGCGAAUUGGUACAAAGUCUGCUGCUGAAAAGCGACAGCACACAUUUGCGCAAAUUGCCCAUGGAAAAACUGCAGGCUGCCGCCAAACGUGUGUUGGAAGAAGAAUUGGAUUCCUUGGAUAACACUUCGGUUGAUUCCACUCCCUCUAUGACCCCCAAUGAACUGAAAAAAGAUCGCUCAUAUGCCGACUACUACAACACCUGGUCCGAUGCCAAUGGCUCGGGUGAUGAUGUAGUCCCCUCCAAAUCAUUUAAAGCUUUGCAGGAUCCUCGUCGUAGCCCCUGGACCGUCAGAUGUCCACGGGUCCUAAGUUCCAAAACCAUAAAUCGUGAUUUAGCCAGAGUAACAGAAUCUCCAGAGAUUCAUAUGCGCAGCAGUAUGAGCCCCGAAUGUUUUAGACAGUCGCGGGAGAAUUCAGUCAGUAGAUGGCGGAAGGCGUAGUUGCCAUUACUUAAGGGAAUCAGGGAUUAUGAGCACAUUAUAGUUUAGUAAGCACUUUGGGGAAAGUAGUAUGUAAGCCUGUACAUAUAUGUAUUACUGCCAUAAGUAAGAAACUAUACGAAAGGAAAGCCUUAGAGUCGAACCUAAACUUUGAAAGCAGCUGAGACUGAAAGCUGAAGCAUCUUUUGAACUUCGAACCUCCCUAAGGUAUUUCUAGUGAGCAUUCAAGGUAAAUGAGUAUAACCCAGAAACGGUCAACCGUUUAAAAUUGCAUUUUAUUGAAUCUAAUUCAACCAUUAAACUAAGUCCGAGGCACAUUUGUAAAAAAUAAUCAUCAAUCAUAACGCAUUAAGAUAAUCAAUCAAUCAAUCCAUCCAUUACUAGGUAUGGGACAUUUACAGCAAGCAGGCUUUGCUAUUACAUCGUUCGUCCUAUCUUUCGUUAUUAUACCUGUCUCCUAUCUGCUACUCAAUUCUUGCAUUCGUUACCUUCAAAGAGAACCAAAAAAAAACAAAAAAAACUGUGAGAGAAACGUCGCAACUCCACCACCACCAAACCACCUCAACUACUACCACCAAUCUCACAUUUGCAACAAAAUUGUGUUCAACAAAAACUGUUGUCUCAAGCAAAAAAAUCUCAGUUAUCAGAAAAACCAAAAAAUAAAACCAAUUCCCCGCAUUGUUCGAUAAAUCCCACAAUUAAUCAAUCAAUCAAUCAGUCAAUUCUCUAUGUAUGCACAAAAACAAAAAUAAUGUUCAAAAAUUUUAAAAGGACCUGGACAGUCGGAUCUAUAAUUAUUUUCUUUUAAGCCAUAGAAAUUAAUUAUAGCUUUCCUACCUAUCAAGAAAUGUCCAAUAUUUUGAACACCUAACACCAACAUCCUAUCAACAACUUACUGUUGUAAGCAUAUGAAAAGAGAAAUUUGGGUUUUUUUAUAAGACAACUGUAAACCGCCUUUUCCCCCUGCAACCUUGUGUGGCUAGGGGAUAUAUUUUCAUUGAGAUUGCAGCAUAACAAACGACACAUUCAUAGAGAUCAAGUGAAGAACGAGCAGUGGCGUUAUCUAAUUUUAAGCUAUUUAAAAAAAACACCAACUAACACAUGUUUUCAGCCGAAGGUAACUAAUGAAGAAGAAUUAUCAAGUAAUUUUAAGUGAUCUAAAUCAAAAACAAUCAAGAAAAAUUAUUAAAAAAUCCAAAAAAAAAACAGAAAACUAAAAUAUUUAACGACCUAGAGAACGAACUUUAGAACAAGCGCAUAAUACAAAAAAAAAUAAGUCAUUUAAAAUUAAUCAUUAUUUUUUCUAUAAUUUAUUUAACCAUUGCAACUCUGAAACCUUAAACGAAAACAAUAUUCACUUUGUCUGUCCAAUUUGCUACUAAUACCAAAA